AUCUAUCUCUCUUUUCAUCCAGAAAGACCCUACAGCUCUCUCGGCAGCUGAAGGAUCAGGUGAUGGAGGCACAAGCCUGCUACAGCCUUGGCAACACCUACACGCUCCUGCAGGAGUAUGAGAGGGCCAUAGACUAUCACCUCAAACACCUGCUGAUUGCCCAGGAGCUCACUGACAGGGUGGGAGAAGGCCGGGCCUGCUGGAGCCUUGGUAACGCAUAUGUGUCUCUGGGCAAUCACCGACAGGCUCUGCACUUUGUUAGAAAGCACCUGGAAAUCUCUGUUGAGAUUGGUGACCGGAAUGGUGAGCUGACAGCUCGGAUGAAUCUGGAGCAGUUGAUGGAAGCUUUGGGAAUGUGCGAGGGUGAUCUUUCGCCGUGUGGAUCGGAGUUCGAGGCACAAGGAGCCAGACCCAAGAACAGUAAAAGAAAUAGCAUGGACAGUGUAGAUCUGUGGAAAUAUUUGUCAGAAAAGGAGCAGAAUGGGGACAGUUACCACUUGGACGACCUGCAAAGAACCAAGAACCAUUUGUCUGGGCCAGUCAGAAGAAGGGAGUUUGCCGACAGCCAGUCAGCAGAGGAGAGGCACUGGCUAGAUUUCCACGCCUCGCCAGUUGACACGAAUGACAUCAGGGUGCAAGUAACCCAGCCUAUAGGCCGCGACCCCUCUGAUGAAGACUGCUUUUUCGACCUGCUCAGCAAGUUCCAGAGCAGCAGAAUGGACGACCAGCGCUGCCAGCUAGAUGACCAGCAGAAUGGCAUUGAAGGAGCAAGCUCUGGUCCCGAAUCUCCACUGGAUGACCGAAUCGACCCGUCCUCACUCAUGACUUCACCACAGACAGAGGAAUUCUUUGACCUUAUCGCCAGUUCACAGAGCAGGCGUCUUGAUGACCAGCGUGCCAAUGUUAGCAACCUGCCAGGGCUGAGGAUCACCCAGAACAACCUGGGACACCUAUGUGGGGAUUCAGACCCCCAGGAGCCCAGUGACGACUUCUUCAACAUGCUAAUGAAGUGCCAGUCCUCCAGGAUUGACGAUCAGAGGUGUUCUCCACCGGAUCCAGGUCCCCGGGCACCAACUGUCCCAGACGAGGACUUUUUCAGCCUGAUUCAGAGGGUCCAGGCCAAGCGGAUGGACGAGCAACGUGUCCGCCUGCCCUCAGAAGACCAGGACGAUCCUGGGACAGAUUCUCCUUCGCCACCCCUCGGGGAAUCCAGCUAGGGCCUGGCUGGUAGAUCGAUCUGCGGUGCAGGAACCUGACAAAACCAGCCGAUCCAUCCUCCUUUUCCACACAGGGUGGAAACAGACCAGCACUGGAACAUCACAGAGCAGAGCUGACUUCUCUAAAAAGAAGAAUCUGCACCCAUCUUAAAAUGCCCAGAUCCAGUGUUGGAGAGAUUUGAUUACAGUCAAACUAGACCUCAUACACACAGCUGACUUAAGCGGACAACUUGGUACGUCUGCUGUGACAAGAUCCAAUUUACAACUCCACUGUCAGAGGAAUGGCUCCAGCUGGUAAAAGUGGGGAAUGAAGACUGAGCUUUCUACUAGUUGCCUUUGUUAUCAUCGACUUUUUUGUUGUAUCUGAAUUUCUUCAGCCGCUUGCUUUCCAGAAUGCACCGACUGCACUUGCAGUUGUUAAGAAGUGUUCGCUGGAUCUGUUUCAGAUUCUAGACGUGAAAAAUGUUAUAUUGAUUACAAGGUAAUGAUAUUAGGUGGGUGCACAUUGCAGUUAUUUCAACAGUGUCAAACGCAGCAGGAUUCACAAUUGUUUUUUUCUUAGUCGGCAAUAAAAGUGUUUUAAGAGGU